GGGCCGCCCAGACCUGUUAGGAUGCCGGGACUUAUAGAGAGCCAGCCAGGGAGCAAAGGGCGAGUUUGUGGGGGCUGGAGGACCCCCCGAACCCUCUCAGGGUUCCGCCUCUCGUGAUAGGAAGCGUCUGUUAAAUAGUCCCGGCCAUUCAGCGCUUCCGCCUAACUUGUCGCAAAGUUUUUCUAGAGAAGUCGGUCCUUUUUCUAGGCGCUCCUAGGCUGCCAGAGCUAACCUUCAGUCCUUUAGCCUGGGCUUGCUUUACGUCGAGGCUUUUUGAACUCCGCACUCUCCCACAGUCCAGGAACGGGAGCGAGAGCGCGGCACAGUGUGCCUCCGCGAGCCCGAGGGGCAGCCGAGCCCCGGAGGAAGGGGCGGAUCGGGCGCGGUGUUUGGGACGGAGCGGGGCGCGCGGCGCUCGAAGCACCCACUCGGCGCGUACCGGGGCUGGUGGAGACUGCUUGGGCACCCCUCAGACCGCACCCCUCGAGCUGUAGGUUCGCAGGUCCACGGCACCCCGACUCGACGGCGUCCCCAUUGUGGGUUCAGUCUGUGGUCUUUGGAGGUCUUUUUGUUGUUGUUGCAGAUAUGCUCAAGUCUCUGGCGCGCGCGCCCUCCUCCAGAGUUGGCCAAGGGCGCUCUUCCGUGCAGACCCCAACCACACCCAGUGGCAGAUGGAUUUCUUUGUAACUGGCUUUCUUACUUGUAGGGUCCAUUUUGAGUCUGUUCUUAACAUGAUGUCCUUAUUGUCAAGUAGUAGACAGUCUCUUCCUAGAUGGCUAUGGUAAUUGAAAAUAUAUAGGAUGAAUGUAUGUAAGGUAAAAUGUUAUAGCUCUUAAGUAGACCAAUGAAACAAAUACGGUAGCUUUAACGUUCUGAAUGCAAAAGUCCAGGUUCAGUUUUCUUUUUAGGUUUAAAUUUGGGGGCGUUUAGUGUUUGUGAACAAUUUUAGCGAAAACAUUCGUUGGGUAUGUUUGGAUAUCAAAACUUAAAAAAACACUAGAAAAGUAAAAUAAGUCAAUGUUUAAAGAAUACAUAAUAGUGUUGAACUCUGAGCGGUUGUCAUGAUGAUGAAACAUACCACCAAACUGUACAUCAGGGUGGGAAUUUCGUUAACUUUGAACGUCUAUGUGUUAGGCCUAGUUUACUGAAAUGGUUGAAUUGUUUUUCAUGCAGGAAGGGAUCUGAUUUGAGUGUACUGUAAAGUUAUUGUACUCAAGUUGAACAGAUAGAAAUCACUUAAAUGGAUUCUGUGAAGUACCCUAACAUUUUUCAGAGUUUAACUGCAAGUCAAUAGAAAUGGGUUCAUUAUCUUUCAGCAAAACUGAAUUUUCCUGAAAUUCAUUAAGACAUUGCAUUGUAUUAACUUUUUUCAGGGUGUUAGCAUUUCAUGAGGACGGUAAGCAUAGUAGACCAUGUUGAUUUUUGUUAAAAUUCUCAUAAAUAAGAUGAAUCCUAGAUCUAGAAAAUUAACAAAAGGGUGGGGAGGGAGAAAAAUGUAGGUAUCUAACACCUGCUCUGCACAUCCAAAUAUUUCCUUGUUGUUGCCACGAAAAAUAUCAUCUCUUCUUUUGAUCACUGCUCCUGAUUGUGGCUUUGUCCAAGCAUUAAAUUGUGUGCCUUUUGUUCCUUGAAGAAAGAGGAAGUAGAAUUAGAAAAGAAGUUUGACCAGAAUUGAAUUAAGAGAAAGAGGGAUGACAAGCCUGGUGAAAGGAAACAGUAUGAACAAAGCUGGUGCUAGCAACCCCCAACUGUGUCUGGUCUCUGGACCCAGCUCAAAGCCCUGGAUUCAUUCUCUUCCCAUACCUCAGCCUGAGCCUUCUGUCACCCCAAAGGGCUUCACACAAGCUUCCUCUCAAGCCCUCACUUCUCUCACAAGAUGAAGAAACUAAAACACAGAGAUUGAGACUUGUCUAGAGUAACACAAACCAAUGAGGAAACUGAGGUGCAGAGAAGUCAAACCUUACCCAGUGUUACAGAGCAGAGCUGGAAGUAAAGCUUGUAUUUCCUGAGAUCCAGAUUAGUGUCAUUUCUACUUCAGACUAUUACUUCUUGAGCCAACAGGCGUCAGAACUUUUGCCACCUGAAAUAAACCAGUUACUUCAAGAUGUAUUAAAAGCAAAACCUGAUGUAAAACAAGACUCUAGUAACACUCCAGAUAAAGACCUGCCGCUUCAUUGUGACCAGUCAUUUCAGAAACAUGAGGGAGAAGACAAAAUAGUUGAAUCUUCAAAAGACUUGAAAGUACAAGGCUUCUUUCCAAUUCCAUCUGGUAAUAUGGGGAUUAAUGUGGCUACAAAUUAUCUGAAUUUAAAAUUUAGUGGAAAAGAAAAACAAAUGUUGUCAAUGUCACAAGAUGUGAGAGAUUCAGAGAAGACUCCUAGAAUUUCUGGUUUUGGCACAUUACUUAAGACUCAGUCAGAUGCAAUAAUUACACAGCAGCUUGUAAAAGACAAACUACGAGCCACUACGCAAAAUGUAGGUUCUUUGUAUGUGCAGAGUCCACUUGUAAAUUCAGAACCAAAAAAGGCUAUCUUUGUUCAGACUCCAAAAGGCUUUUUUGUACCAUUGCACGUUGCUAACAAGCCUACAUUACAUGUUUCAGGAAGACCACUUCCAUUGGUUAAUACACAAGGUGUCCCUGCCUCUCUCCUUUUAAACAAGAAACCUGGGAUGAUUUUAACAUUUAAUAAUGGGAAACUUGAAGGUGUUUCUGCUGUCAAAACUGAGAAUGCUCAAGCUUGUGGAACUACAAGUAAGGAGCCUUGCAGAACACCUUUUUUAAAAGUAGAACCAAACAGUAAUUGUCUAACCCCUGCACUUUGUUCCAGCAUUGGCAGCUGUUUGAGCAUGAAAAGUAGCUCAGAAAAUACUUUGUCAUUAAAAGGCCCUUACAUUAUUAAAACGCCAGCAAGUUCUUCAGUGAAAGGUGUUCCUGCUCCUAAUACAGUAUCUGAGCAUCAGGGCACUAAGUUGAAUAUCUCAGAUUCAGUAAAACAGCAGAACAAGAUUUUUCCAAAACCACCUCUUUACACUCUUUUGCCUGAUGGCAAACAAGCUGUUUUUUUAAAGUGUGUGAUGCCAAAUAAGACUGAGCUGCUUAAGUCUAAAUUAGUCCAGAAUAGUACUUAUUAUAAAAACAUACAGCCAAAGAAACCUGAAGGAACACCACAAAAAAUAUUGCUGAAAAUUUUUAACCCUGUUUUAAAUGUGACUGCUGCUAAUAAUCUGUCAGUAAGCAACUCUGCGUCCUCAUUGCAGAAAGACAAUGUACCAUCUAAUCAGACUAUAGGAGGAGAGCAGAAAGAGCCAGAAUCUUCUAGAGAUGCCUUACCCUUAUUACUAGAUGAUAUGAUGCCAGCAAAUGAAAUUGUGAUAACUUCUACUGCAACAUGCCCAGAAUCUUCUGAGGAACCAAUAGGUAUCACUGACCAUUCAGAGGCCAGGGUAUUACGGUGUAAAACAAAUUGUAGAAUUGAGAGAAACUUCAGUAAGAAAAAGACUUCGAAAAAGAAAUGUUCAAGAAUAAAAACUCAUGAAAGAAGUAAAGAUUCUGAAACUUCCUUUGUAUCUAGAAACAGAAACUGUAAACGCAAGUGUAGGGAUAGUUACCAAGAACCUCCAAGAAAAAAAGCAUUACACAGAAAGUGUAAAGAAAAAGCAAAGCCUGAAGAUGUCCAUGAAUCAUUCGGAUUCAGCAGACCUAGGCUUUCAAAAGAUUCAGUCAGAACUUUGCGGCUUUUCCCCUUCAGUUCCAAACAGCUUGUGAAAUGUCCUAGGAGAAACCAACCAGUUGUAGUUUUGAAUCAUCCUGAUGCAGAUGCCCCAGAAGUAGCAAAUGUAAUGAAAACUAUUGCUAAAUUUAAUGGACGUGUACUUAAGGUUUCAUUGUCAAAAAGAACUAUCAGUGCGUUACUGAAACCAGUUUGUUAUAACCCUUCUAAAACAACUUACGAUGAUUUUCCCAAGAGGCACAAAACAUUUAAACCUGUUAGUUCUGUGAAAGAAAGAUUUGUGCUAAAAUUAACUCUCAAAAAGACAAGCAAAAACAAUUACCAGAUUGUGAAAACUACCUCUGAAAAUGUUCUGAAGGCUAAAUUUAACUGUUGGUUUUGUGGUAGAGUAUUUGACAAUCAGGAUGCUUGGGCUGGUCAUGGUCAGAGACAUUUAAUGGAAGCUACUCGUGAUUGGAACAUGUUAGAAUAAUUUACUGUAAUUACCAAGGAAAAGAAAAGUAAAAGUACCUUAGAAGAAAAUAGUGGGUUGAAUUACUAAUGCAGACAUUUUUUACUUCAAUAUAGUACCUGAAGUUAAACAUUUAAAAGUUGAUUAUAUUUCCAUGGAAGAGCAAAAGUUUUAGUGUGAUAUUUGAAAAUGCUGUCAGUGCACAUGUAAGUUUUGAAAGAAACUAAUCAGCACAGAUAUACCUUGAUUUAAUUUUUUAAAAUGUGUUCUCGGGAAGUUAGGGCUAAAAAUUUUGAUAAAACAGUUUUCCGAGUUUAGUGACUCUUAGUAGAGAGUAACAGGUGACAGCCCCAUUCCCUCUCUUCUUCCACCAGCCUUAUGAUUCUGAUAACUGUAGCUCCCCUGAAGAGGUUGAGAGCUCUUUCAUUAUGGAACUGAAGGAGUUUCUCAUCAUUUGUGAAGAUACUCUAAGAGAACUUGGGUAAAGAACUUACUCUACAUCUGCAAAAUGUAGUUCUUUUGAAGGUAGUUAAGCUCCUUUGAGGGUACAUUUAACUCACUACAGUUACACCUCAUAUGAUGGUUGAUAAGAGUUUUUGACAAGCAGAUCUUUUUUCCUUGUAAGCUGUGUUACAUGUCAUUGAUUGGAACACCCUUCCAAGGUGAUUUUCUUUUUCUAAAUGGCUCUCAAGCGUUGCAGUAGAUGGGCAAUCUCGAGAGAAGAAUUAAACUCUUUGUCUAGUUUGAAGUUCAUUUAAAGAACUUGAACAUUUUUUUGAAUUUGGUUAUAUUCCCCAGUGAUUCCCUUCCACAGAACUAUGUUUAUUUGAUUUAAAUUGUUUGUCCCCUCAUAAACCAAGUGGCCAAUUUUUUUCUUGGUUGCCAUCCCUUUAAAAAGAGUGAAACAUAGAAGCACUUCCAAGGGAAUGGCUUUUCUUGAAAAUUAAAAAUUAUUCCUCAGAAACAAUAUUUUGAAGUAAGAUUAGCAAAGCAAAUCAUACUUUUGUGUUUAUUAUUAGUGUCUGAACAUGUCCACAUUGGGACAAACCAUUUUUGUUAGCAACUUCUCAGUAUGACUGACAACCCAAAGCAGAUUACUGAUUGUUUGCAGUUGGAAAUUGAAGAAGCAUUAAUAGUGGACUCAGUGACAGUGCAUAACACUUCAGGACAGAUUCCGAAGGGAUAUGCCCAACAGGUAGAGUUUUAAAAUGAAUAUUUUCGUGACAACAGAAUCAUCAAUUUAAACUUCCCACUUUGUAAGUUUGAAUCAAAUUUUGUUGGACCAUUGGACAAUGGAGUUCUUGUAUUAAAAAAUUACAUACUAUAUAAUUUUUGUUACAUUGUUACUACUAGUGUUAUGACAUUUUCAUUGAUUGAAAACUUCAGGGCUCCUUUUCUGUAUAUAACAAAGAAUUUAAAACCUGUACAUAUUUUUGUACCUUUCAGUUAUGUAAAUUUUGCACAGAAAGUUUUUGACAUAAAAAGUUUAUUUUCUUUCAAUUUAGUUCUGUGCAUGCACUAAUAAAACUUGUCGUUUAAUUUAAAAGGAAUAUGUAAGACUUUACCCAUGUUAUUUUUUUGGUUUUCAUUUCAGAUGUACAAUUUCUUUUUUUUGAUAAAUUCAGUUUUCAGGGAUUGAACACUAUUGUUAGCAAGUGCCUAAAAGAUGUGAAACAGUUUACAUACGUCAACUGUAACAUUAGGUCCCAAAUGGGCCCACUCCCCCAAUAAUUUUAUUUUAAAGAAAGCCAUACAUAGAUGCUUCAAGCUAUCUUGCUAUGCACAUUAUACAUGUACUGUUUUUGUGCAGUUUGUCUACUUUCUUAGAAGUGAAGUAUUUUUUGUAUAAAACCUGUUACAAUUGUGUUUCUUAAAUUGAGCCUAAGAACGGAAUUGAUUGGAAAUAUACGGUAUAUAUUAAUAAUGUAUAUGGUGUUUAAAGAAUGGUAAGCAUUGUUAAAAUCUGUAACGAAUGUCUUCUUCAAUU